AUGGGCUGCCUGUCUCAAGCACGGCGACCAUCCCAACUGGACCCACAUGUGACGAGGAGCGUUCUGGCCCGCGCCCUAGACGUUUGGGAGCAGGCAUCGAGACUCACCUUCACAGAGGUCAAUUCGGAUGACGCAGAUAUCGUCGUGUCGUUCGCAAAACGUUACCAUGACGACGCGUAUCCAUUUGACGGACGCGGUUCGAUUCUUGCGCACGCGUUUUUUCCUGGCACCGGCAGAGGGGGAGAUGCCCACUUUGACGAUGAUGAACUCUGGCUACUACAACCUAAGAACGACGAUGAAGAAGGAACAUCAUUAUUCGCUGUGGCCGCACACGAAUUCGGCCAUUCCUUGGGCCUCAGCCACAGCUCUGUCAAGGGCGCUCUGAUGUUCCCCUGGUACCAGGGCAUCCAACCCAACUUCGUUUUGCCAGAAGACGAUCGCAACGGUAUACAACAAAUGUAUGGUCCAAAAGUGAAACGUACUUGGGCGAAGAUACCUUACUACAGGCCAGCGGAAACACCACCGCCAACCACAACAACGACUACCACCACGACCACGACAACAACACGACGUCCGUACAUCUACCACCACCACCCAGAGAGACAUCCAAACCACCGCACCUACACCCCACAAUACCCUCGUCAGCCCAGCCGAUAUCCUUACUACCCGGAUAGGCCUAACCAUCCAGACAGAUCGAAUCCAGCAUACCCAGAGAGGCCAUAUUAUCCUGAACGUAGGCAUUACAACAGCAGUGAGGACCAUCCUCGACGCCCCAACCAUCAUUACCCACGCACUGAUACCACCACACAGGCUUCAACCUACCGCCCAAGAUACCCUCACGUCAGGCCAGAUUACCCUUCACACCCUCGCCAGAACUAUCCAACGGAUCCAAGUCAGAAUUACCCAAAGAAGAAGCCGUACUACCCAGUGAAGACUACCACGGUUAAACCCAUCCCAUCAGACAAACCUGACACUUGCGAUACGAGUUAUGAUGCAGUCAGCUUGAUUCGAGGAGAGCUCUUCAUAUUCAAGAACAGAUAUCAUUGGAGAAUAGGAGCGAACGGACGAUAUUCCGGUUAUCCCAUGGAGAUAUCGAGGAUGUGGUCUCUUCUGCCGAGUAACCUUACCCACGUGGACGCUGUAUAUGAGAGACCGGAUAGGAAAAUUGCUAUUUUUGUUGGAAAAGAAUUAUACCUUUUCGACUCGCAAUACCUGGUCCCAGGAUAUCCGAAGAGAUUGGUUCAGCUUGGCUUACCCGAAAGUUUAGAAAAGUUAGAUGCCGCUAUGGUUUGGGGACAUAAUGGCAAAACUUACUUCUACAGUGGGACUAUGUAUUGGAAAUUCGAUGAGGAAAUCGGACGCGUUGAAUUGGAUUACCCAAGAGAUAUGGCCAUGUGGAAAGGAGUGGGUUAUAAUAUAGACAGUGUCUUCCAGUGGAAAGAUGGUAAAACCUACUUCUUCAAGGGCAAAGGCUUCUGGAAAUUCAACGAUCUUCAGAUGCGUGUCGAGCAUGAGAAACAAUAUCUGUCAGCCCAGUUCUGGAUGUCGUGUCCGGGUGAACGGGCCGGGAGACGCGCGCCGUUCCGUGCCCUACCAGCCCCCGGUUCCACACUCCGGUCGCCGAGUGCCGCCACAAACAACUCUAGUUCUAUUCUCUAUACUCUCGUCACUUUACUAGUAAUACUUAGGAACAUUAAGUAUUUAUAA